CGGCUACGAUCGCUUGUCUGCAACGCAAGAAGCUACUAAAAUACGGGCGAGAGGGAGAAAAACUAGAUUUUUGGUCGCUGGGGAUUCAGAUAGAGAAGAAAUGGGAGAGCAAAACGAAAUUUUGAUACCCAGAAUGAAGCUGGGAUCCCAGGGAUUAGAGGUAUCCAAAUUAGGGUUUGGCUGUAUGGGUCUCACUGGAACGUAUAGUUCUCCGAUUUAUGAAGAAGAGGGCAUAUCCAUCAUCAAGGAAGCUUUUAACAAAGGCAUCACCUUUUUUGACACCUCCGAUGUUUAUGGACCUCAUACUAAUGAAAUCCUGCUUGGCAAGGCAUUGAAGGAACUUCCACGGGAGAAGAUUCAGUUGGCCACAAAGUUUGGGAUUGUAGAGCUUAAUCAAGGAGGCAAUCCUAUCGUAAAUGGUAAACCAGAGUAUGUGAGAGCUUGCUUGGAAGGAAGUCUCAAGCGGCUUGGAUUGGAUUACAUCGAUCUGUAUUAUCAGCACCGGAUUGAUCAAACUGUGCCAAUUGAAGAAACAAUUGGGGAGCUUAAGAAGUUGGUUGAGGAGGGUAAGGUGAAGUAUGUUGGUCUGUCAGAAGCAAGCGCAGAUACAAUCAGACGAGCACACGUUGUUCACCCAAUUAGUGCGUUGCAAAUAGAAUGGUCUCUUUGGACUAGAGAUAUUGAGGAAGAGAUAAUCCCACUUUGCAGAGAACUUGGAAUUGGAAUAGUACCAUAUAGCCCUCUUGGCCGCGGCUUUUUCGGUGGUAGAGCAGUCCUUGAUAGUGUGCCUGCAAAUAGUUCAUUGGCCUCACAUCCAAGAUUCAAUGAAGAUAAUCUAAAGAAAAAUAAGAUCAUAUACUUCAGGUUGGAAAAACUGGCUGCAAAGCACCAUUGCUCAACAGCUCAAUUAGCUUUGGCUUGGAUCCUUCAUCAAGGAAAUGAUGUUGUUCCAAUCCCAGGAACAACAAAGAUCAAGAAUCUAAACAGCAACAUUGGUUCUAUAAACGUGAAGCUUACAGAAGAUGAUUUGGAAGAACUUUCUAAUGCGGUCCCUGCUCACGAGGUUGUUGGUUCAAGGACCUGGGGCUCAUUUGAGUCAAUCUCCUGGAAAUAUGCAAACACUCCUGCAAAAGUUAACAAUGCAUAAAAUCAGUCAGAUCUCUAAACAAUGUAGAAGUUUUCACUAUCUCUUCCAGAAUUUAUGUGCGUAAUAUGAGAUUUAAGGAGAUCAGGUUGAUAUAGUCUAUACCAUCAAGAACAAGUUUUGCUGCGGUUUAUUUGAAUAAAAGUUGUUUAUUUUGCCUUUCCUGAAGAAGCUGAUGCGAAUGGUUAUGCUUA